CUUCCACACUUUCCCGAAGAUAUAAAGGGUGUAGAUGAAAACGCCUAUUCUUUAUUAUACAAGAACAAAGUUCAAAAACCUAUGCCAGUACUUAUGUCAAACGAAUUUUUCAGUCUUAUCUUCUUUCCAAGUGACCACUUCGUGUCUUCCUACAGAAAAUCGAACAUUUCUUAUACAUUUACCAACUAUGGACCACUGAAGUUGAAUAGUCAAGUUUUGGAAAAGGCCAUUAACAGCUACAAAGGCAAAUACCGAUCUACUACAUUUUUCCAAGAGAAUCUUCAGCCUUUCACAACGGCAGUCGGGAGAUCCAACAAUAGAAAAUUAAUGAAGCGGUGUCUUUUCAAUGCCUUGUGUGAUCAGGUUAAGACUCAAGAUCAACUAGUGAGUGUUUCUGGAAUCUUCAGGUUUAGAUUUCUUCUGGUUCCUGUAACAGAUAAGGACAAAUCAAAGGUACAGCGUGAUAUCAGCAAUUCUGUUAACAGAAUACUAGAAGAUCGAAUGUACCGACUGCUCCUAAGUAGUGGUACUAAAAAGAGUAAUCAAGCA